AACCGCCUAAUAACUCACCGAUGGGGCUGCUGCCGCCAUGUGACUGGAUGCGGGCGUCGAAGGGAGCCAGCUUCUUAUACUCUACAGCUGCCGGUGGGCUACCAAGACGGCGCGUGGAGGCGCCGCCGCCGGAGCGGUGGGCGGCGACCGGCGAGAAACAACAUUUGGGGGAAAGAAAAGACUGUCCGAAAGAGAAUGAGACGAAGGCGAUGGCCCAUCACGGCCCAUAUUAACUAACUGGCCAAAAUCCUUUGGGCCGUCCGUGCGGUGCCCACACAACUUUGGGCCCUCUUAAACCCACGCACCCGUCGUCGUUAUAAAAAAAGAAGAAAAGGAAACAUUGUAUUGCUGUAGUUGUUCUUAUCUGGAGGCAGUCAUCUCUGUUCUGAUUCGCACCGGUCGUCGUUAUAAAAAAAGAAGAAAAAGAAACCUCGCCGUGUUCGUCAAGCUCUCCCUCGUGUCAGCCGUCAUGGUCUGGUUUGGAGUUUUGGUACUACGCUGCAUUGCUGAUUUUUGUGGGUCUCCUGAAGAAUGGCCAACUCCAGCUACAUAUCAUGUCAGUUUGUAUCAACUACGAGUUCUGGAUCAUGAUGGUCGCACUAGGCUUCGGCGAAGCAGUCAGCGUCAGGGUAUCGGAGCGGGCAGACCAAAGUCGGCCAAGUUCGCGGUGGCCUUGGCGGCCACAACAUCGGUCUUCACCGGUGCCAUCUUCAUGGCUGUCUUCUUCAUUUGGAGGAGUAGCUUGCCUAAGGUCUUCAGCGAAAAUGAGGAGGUGAUAUAUAGAUGGAGCCGCAAGGUUGGGGUAUCUGCUCGCUGUCACUGUCUUCUUCGUCAGUAUCGGGCCAGUAGUGCUCUCAGGGCUCGUGGAAGAAAGAAGAAGAGUGCCGCAGUCCCAGCUGAAAAUGCUGAAGCUUCAGCCCCAGCUGAAAAUGCUGAAGAUUGGCCAGCUCCAGAUGUUGAAGAUUGGCUUGCUGAAGAAUGGACAGAUCCAAAUGCUGAAGUUGCUGCUGAAAAUGUUGAAGCUGAAGUUGCUGCUGAAAACGUCCAAGCUCCAAAUGCUGCUGAAGUUGAAGCUCCAAAUGUUGCAUAAAAAGUGAAACCAGAUAGGGUGAAAAGGCUAGCCACUAAAGGACCCUUAAAAGGAAGAGAGCAGCAUCAAAACUUUAUUCUAAAGAUGUGUGGCAGUUGUAAUUUGUGUGAGAACCAUUUGUGUGAGCCGUGUUUAUUUGUAUGAGAACCAUUUGUAUGA